AUGGCCGCAGAGACCAAAGCCGACCCAACUGGGAAACUCGUCGAGGCGCUCGUCGUGCGUCUGCGCCGGAGGCAAAUCGUCGGUUCGCGCAAUGUCGCGCUCGCGACCGCGGCGUUGAUGCAGAAUGUCGUUCGCAGCAUGCGUUUUAGCACAAUUGACGAGCUCAUCGAGGCGAUCCGCAGCAUUGGCAAGCUGCUCAACGAGGCCAACCCGAAGGAACUCGCUUCGGGAAACAUUGUGCGGCGUAUCAUCAAGCUCAUCCGUGAAGAGUACCGCGCAGCUGCGGCUGCGCACCUUUCCCAGCCUCCCUCCGUUCCCGGCACCCCUGGGGCCGCUACGCCAGGCUUUGCAACGCCCCCAAACUACUUCAACUACUCCCCCAGUGGCGGUAGCGUCCCCGGAACGCCUAUGCCUCGGCCCGCACCCAAUCUGUCCAACUUUGUGGCCAUGCGUCACUCGCGCGUGCAGUUUGAGCGCCAGGGCACCCUGCUCGACAUUAGUGCGGCCACGAGCAGCCUCUUCGCCACGCCCCCACGCGUUCUCUCGUCCCAGAGCCACAGCCGGCACGAAAGCAUGUCGUCCCCAACGCCAGGAGAGGUUAACGAGAUGGAAGAGCGCGAGCGCCAACAGUUUGCAAAGCAGGCCGGCAAGCUCAAGCCCAUCCUCAUUCAGGCGAUCGACGAGGUUAUUGGCGAGCUCGAGACGACGCAUGAGGAUGUCGCCCGUGGUGCAAAGGAGCACAUUCAUUCCGGUGAGGUCAUUCUGACGCUCGGCCACUCGCGCACCGUCGAGCAUUUCCUCAAGAACGCGUACCGCGAGCGCCAGUUUAGUGUCAUCGUGCUUGAGAGCGCACCCAGCUUCCACGGGCAGGCCAUGGCCGCCGCCCUCGCCCACCACUCCAUCCCCACCCUCCUCGUCCCCGACAGCUCGCUGCACGCCGUCAUGCCCCGCGUCACUAAGGUGAUCUUUGGCGCCCACAGCGUGUCCGCCAACGGCGGUAUGUUUGCCUUGGCAGGAUCGCUCGCGUGUACGCUUGCCGCGCGCACUCACGCCAAGCCCGUCGUCGUGGUGACUGGCCAGUUCAAGUUCGCCCCGUCUUGGAACUUGUACCACGAGUACGACACGCUCGACUUUCAGGGCCCGGGACCUGUUAUUGGGUAUGACCACACGGGUGGUGGCGGCGGAUACGAGGGCGUCGAGGUCCCCGACCCUCACUUUGACUAUAUCCGUCCCGAGCUCGUCAACCUUUACGCGACCAAUGAUGGCGACCACCCCCCGUCGUACAUCUAUCGCAUCAUCAAGGAGGCGUACGACGACGACGACCUCGUGCUGUAG